UCUUUUCCUCAAAGGACUCUACAACGUCUAGUCCGGUGUUCAGACCAGAGACUUUACGAGAAGGUUUGACAUAAAGAAUUAAUAAAUCCGGCAUUCACGAGGACAGCUACGUGUUCUCUCGCUAUUCUCAACGGCUGCUGUAACCAGGACAACAAAAGAAUACGACCGGAAGUCGGAAAUAACGGUCCUCAAGUUGAACCGUAGCGCUGGUUUUCCCGCGUGAGUCCAACUCUUUUAGUCACACAGUUCUUAAGAUACAACCCGGAAAGACCCACCAGAACCCGGAUGUGUGGACUAGCUCGUUUUAAAAGGACUUUGUGGAGCUCAUGACGUCAGCGUGCCAGCAGGAGGAACACGGGACCCGAGCGGAGCCGAGCGACACCGAGCGGGUCCGAGUGAGCGGCGCGUGUUUUUAACGGAGGAAACGUUUUCUGAAAAUGUCUAAAGUCCAAAUGCUGAGAUGUUUCGUGAACCAGCGACUAACUGCGGCUGCGCAAGAGAUAUGCGGGCUGUUUGAAAGAACGAUAGCAGAGUACGAGGAGGAACUGUCGAGUUCAAAGGAGGAGACCGAGCGGCACCGGAAGCUACUGGACGCGGUGUACUACCCGGAAGUCCAGUUACAACGAGCAGAGGUAGAUAUUGUACUUUCUACUGUUCUAGAGGACCCAGAGCCCCCCCACAUUAAAGAGGAAGAGGAAGAGGAGGACCUCGAGCCCCCCCACAUUAAAGAGGAAGAGGAGGAACUCUGGACCAGUCGGGAGGAAGAGCAGCUUCGAGGGCUGGAGGAGGCUGGUAUCAAGUUCUCAUGCUCUCCUGUAAAGAGUGAAGAUGAUGAAGAGGAAGCUCAGUCCUCUCAGCUUCAUCAAAGACAAACUGAGCAGAUGGAAACAGAAGCUGAUGAAGUGGAUUAUGGAGGACCAGAACCAGAAAGUGAUUCAGGAGAUACGUCGAUCAGCUCGCCUGAAUGUUCUACAAGCUUUGACCACAAGGGACAUCUGGAGAAACCCACGAGCUCCACAACAGGAGAGAAACCAUUUCAAUGCUCUCUUUGUGACACAAGAUUUAGAAGCUGUAAGUCUCUAACGAAACACAUGACCAUCCACACAGAAGAUAAACCAUUUAGUUGUUCAGAGAAACCAUUUCAAUGCUCUCUUUGUGACAAAAGAUUUAGAUGCAGUAAGUCUCUAAUGAUACACAUGACCGUCCACACAGGAGAUAAACCAUUUAGUUGUUCAGUGUGUGGUAAAACAUUCACACACAAAGGAAACCUGAAAUCUCACAUGACUGUUCACACAGGAGAGAAACCAUUUAGUUGUGGCGUGUGCAGUAAAACAUUUAGACAAAAGGUGAACCUGACCUAUCACAUGACUGUUCACACGGGAGAGAAACCAUUCAGUUGUUCAGUUUGUCGUAAAACAUUUACACUCAAGGGAAACCUGAACUCUCACAUGAAUGUCCACACAGGAGAUAAACCAUUUAGUUGUUCAAUUUGUAGUAAAAAGUUUACACACAAAGGAAACUUGAAAUCUCACAUGACUGUCCACACGGGAGAUAAACCGUUUAGUUGUUCAGUUUGCGGUAAAACAUUUACACACAGGGGAAAACGUAACACUCACAUGACGGUCCACACAGGAGAGAAACCUUUUCAAUGCUCGCUUUGUGACAAAAGUUUUGCAUUCAAAAGUGAUCUGAAGAGACACAUCACUGUCCACACGGGAGAGAAACCGUUCAGUUGUUCAGUUUGUGGUCAAACUUUUUCACAUAAGGGAAACAUGAACAAUCACAUGACUGUCCACACAGGAGAGAAACCAUUUAGUUGUUAAGUGUGUAGCAAAACAUUGACACAAAAGCAUGUUCUGAAACGACAUUUAAUUGUUCACACUAGAGAAACAAAGUAGUCGUGGAGUUCGCUCAACAUGAUUCUCUUGUGUCGUUUAUUCCAAAAAUUGUGAAUGUAUUUUUCUCUGAAAUAUAUCUAGUUAAACACUUAAAAACCGUCAGUCUGAUACAGACUCCAACACAAGAUUAAGCUACACAUCAAUUGAUAUUCUUUGCUGUGAGUUUCUCUGGUAUUGUCUUGUGUUUCAUGUAUUGUCAUGUAUAUAUGAAUUUAAUUGUUUUACAUUGUCAAAGUAGUUUGUGUCCUCACUGGUUUGAGAUGAAUUACCAUCGGUGAUGAAACUGAGGAACAUUUGUAACCUUCUUCCUCUAAAGAUUAAACUCACCACUUCCUGGA